AGGAACUCUUCAGCCAAUCUAUGAUAAGGCACCAACUGUUGAUGAAAGCCUAGAGGUCACCACCCUGUGUGACUUGGUUAUUGUCAACAUGGACUCCACGCCUCAGAGCAAGAGAAUGGUUUUGGAUGUUGGGACAUGGGAGCGGACAUUUCAAGAACUGAUCUGGCAGGAGAAACCCCAGGCAAGAUGGACCCUGAAGAUGGAUGGGAACCUUCGGCCAGACUGUGCAGCCCUAGGGUGGAAGCAAUACAAGCAGAGAGCAUUUGGCAGGUUCUGGUGUUCCUCAUGCCGUCGAAGCUGGGCUUCCGCCCAAGUGCAGAUCCUAUUUCACAUGUACCUGGAGCACCAGAAGUCCCAGGGGAAGGUGCUUGUGCGGCUGUUUGGUCAGAGGUGCCGGAAGUGUUCCCAGUCUCAAUUUGAGAAGCCUGAGUUCUCCCUGGAUAGCACCAAGAGGAUUCUGAACAACCUGGUGCAGCGUAUUCUGGAGAGAUUCUACAGAAAUGGUAUCAGGAAGGUUUUGGAGAUACCAGUAAUCCAGGAGGUGCCUUUGGAGGGGCACCAUGAUAUGGUCAAUUGUGAGGCAUGUGCUCUGGGCUUCUGUAUACAGAACUUACAAAACUGCAUGACAGAGCCAGCCAAAUCCUCUCCCUCCUACAUGAAGACUGGAUGCUCCUCUCCUCACCUUGGUGAAGUGUGUGGCCAAAACCGAGCUAGGAACCAGUCAUCUGAGGCAAAGGAGACUCAGGGAAGCGGGUAUUCCUGCUCCCAUAAAGGCCCAGGACCCAGCCAUGCCACUGCUAGGAUGCAAGCGCCUGGGGCAGGCCCUCAGCUCAAAUGGGAGAUGGGCCGACUGCUCACACCAAGGGCAGACCAGCAGGCUGCACAGGGAACAGGCCCACAGCCCAUCCAAGUAGCAGGAUCACUUCCCCCAGGGUGGACAGACCCACAGCCCAGGCAAGCAAUAGGUCCAUUACCUAAAGGGUUGGCACGUUCACAAUCCACACUGGGGAAAGGACCACAGGCCCCCCGGCUGACAUAUUCUCAGGCUGUAAAGAUGUCAGGCCAGCAGUUGACACAGGAUGCACAAGCCACCCAAGGGACAGAUCGUCAGGCCACAAAGGUGACAGACCCACAGCCCACACGGGGGACAAUCCCAAGGGCCACAUCAAGGUCAGACACUCAGGCUACAAGGAGGGCAGGCCCCUCACCACUGGGGUCAAACUCACAGCCCACACGGGGAACAGGCCCCAAGGCUACAUGUAGGAUCUUCAGGGAAAGUCAAGAUACCUGGGGCAGGCAGGAGAGGUGCUCACCUAGAGGGUCUGCUCCGGACAGCUUUUUCAGAUUAUCUCCCCCAGUCCUACCAAAUGAUUCCCUUAACCAGGAGCAGCUGUUCAGGUACGGCUGUGUCUGUGUUGUUGCUCUGUUUACCUUUUUGGUAUCUAAAUACCUAUAAGUAGAAUGAUGAAAAAAGACUUGUCUUCUGUUGUCUUAAUUCCAUGGUAAUCAAUGAACUGGCUGCCAUUUUAAUAUGACAGAAUUUGCUUUGGGACCAAUGCAGGGUCAAGUUUAUAGAAUAAGAACUGGUUCCUGGACCUCCUUUGCAGAUAGUUUAAAACAUGACCUAGCAGAUAAUGGACCCAAUAAUAAAUAUUUGUUAAAUCAUUAAAAGAUUUUUACUCAUGCAUUCACUCAUUCAUUGAUAUCAAUAUAUAUAGACCAUAUCUUGACAAGAACUGAGAGUCCUGAGUUUCAUCAGAAAGUUAUUGUAGUAGGCUGAAUAAUGGUUCCCCCAAAAUGCCCAUGUCCUAAUAUGUUACUUUACAUGGCUAAAGGGACUUCUCAGAUGCGACUAAUUUAAGGAUCUUGAGAUGAGGAGAUUAUCCUGUGUUACCCAAACGGGCCAAAUGUAAUCACAUGGGUUUUUAUAGGAGGGAGGCAAGAGGGUCAUCGUCAGAAAAAGGCAAAUUAACUAGAGAACCAGAGGUUGAAGUGAUGUGCUCUGAAGGUAGAGGAAGGGGUCACAAGCCAAGGAAUGCAAGCAGCCUUUAGAAGCUCAUAAAGGCAAAGAAAUAUAUUCUCCCCUAGAGCCUCCAGAAGGAACCAGCUCUGCUGACACAUGACUUUAGCCAAGUGAGGCUGAUAUUAGACU